AUGACGUGGACAUGUUUUUGCUGCAUCUCCCAAGAGCAUUCAGAAGCCAGUGUGAAGAAUAAUAGUAAAGACUAUCCAUGGGAGAUAUACUCUCUCAAGGAGCUUCUUCAAGCAACAGAUAACUUCCAUGAGACCAAGAAGAUCGGCGAGGGAGGGUUUGGAAGUGUUUAUUGUGGCCGAACAAGUAAAGGCGUCGAGAUUGCAGUGAAAAGGCUAAAGGCCAUGAGCGCAAAGGCUGAAAUGGAAUUCGCUGUGGAAGUGGAGAUACUUGGAAGAGUGAGGCAUAAGAACUUGUUGGGGUUGAGGGGAUUCUAUGCUGGAGGUGAUGAAAGGCUUAUUGUCUAUGAUUUCAUGGCUAAUCAAAGCUUGAUUACCCAUCUGCAUGGCCAACUUUCUGCAGAAUGUUUAUUAGAUUGGCCAAGAAGGAUGAACAUCGCACUCGGAUCAGCUGAGGGAGUAGCGUAUUUGCACCAUGAGGCAAAUCCUCACAUAAUACAUAGAGACAUAAAGGCUAGUAAUGUCCUCCUAGAUUCCGAAUUCCAAGCCAAAGUUGCUGAUUUCGGAUUUGCCAAGCUCUUGCCAGAAGGGGUCACUCAUUUGACCACAAGAGUAAAGGGGACACUAGGCUAUUUGGCUCCUGAAUAUGCAAUGUGGGGGAAGGUGUCUGAGAGCUGCGAUGUUUACAGCUUUGGAAUACUACUUCUAGAGAUAAUCAGUGCCAAAAAGCCCAUAGAAAAACUUCCAGGAGGCGUGAAGCGCGACAUCGUUCAAUGGGCUACCCCAUAUGUUCAAAAAGGGGCAUAUCAUCAUAUCGCCGACCCUAGGUUGAAGGGUAAGUUUGAUCGAUCUCAACUAAAAUUAGCUAUCACAGUUGCAAUGAAAUGUACUGAUAACAACCCGGACAACCGCCCCAGCAUGAUGGAAGUGGUGGGGUGGCUUAAGGGCGAUGUAGGGAGGAGGAAAAAUGAGGUAAUUUAUGCUAAGGACGGGGUUGCGAAACAUGAAAAUAGUGAUUAUGAUGAUGAUGAUGAUGAUAAUGAUAAGGAUAAUGAUACUGACUAUGAAUUAGGGUUUGGAACGACUAAAUCCGAUAUUAGAGUAAUACGGCCACGAUCAAGAAUGAGAUGA